GCGCGCUUCACGUUCGAAAUUCGAACGGUUCCGAAUUCGAAUUACGCGUUCCGACGAGGUUUUAGCUGCACAGGUAUUAAAUCGACUUUGGACUGAUAAAAAAAAUGGAGACUACAUAGUUAGUUUCGAGUGGACGAUGUGAAAAUGUAUUCGAAAGUGAAACUAAAAUAAUCGAACAGUGUAUAAUGGCGUCCAAAAGGCUCGUUAUCGUUUGGGCGGUCUGGCUCGCGUUGCCCCUGGCAACGGGCCAUCUCAACGUGCUUAUCAGCCAGGCAGAAGUUAUGAAAUUAUUGGGCUUAGACGCUGAGUUGUACUAUGUUCGGGAAGGCGUGGUAAACACCUACGCCACUGGCUUCAUAGUUCCUGUACCGGCUCAUAUAGCUGACUUGGAGUUUAUGUGGCAGGCCCUUGGCAGAAGACCGUUGCCGUACGUGAUGGGGAUAGACUACGAGAGCCGGGGCGCCAUGCUGCCGCCGCAAGUCAAUAUCUCCGAGCGGGGUUACGUGCCUACGACGCUUCAGACCUUUAGAGUUCGGCUACCGUGUACGGGAUCCAGAAGUGCAGAAAUCUUGGUGACAAUGCAGCUAAACAUUUCGGCGCCUGAUCGAAUGCAUAAGGAUGUACGGUUGACUUUCAAAAGAAACAAAAUUUGCUUGAAAGGCCUAUCAACAAUCGUUACGCACAACGAUACAGCAAGACUAGCUGGCGAUGCUAACAGAAGUACAGGUGGGGUGCUAUUUGCGGCUGGAGGUUGUGCCGCUGCCGCUUUGGCUCUGCUCGCAGGUGCCGCUGCCGCCGGCACUCUGUAUAAAAGAGGAAACAAGGCGCGGCACCAUGAUUCGAUACAUACAUCAUAUACAACCGCGGCAUAUGGUAGCCAUCAGAACGUGCUGUUACGUCUAGACACCCUUGGCCGGCCGCCCAGCUCCACAGGAUCCUACGCCACUAUAGCCAGUUUACACAAGUUUCCAUUUGGGAGUAGAAGGUCACCGUCGCCGUACGCAACGACACACAUCGGUGAGCACAUCUACGCCAAACCAGAAUCAAGAGUUUCUUACUACGCAGCUUCUAAUUUAACACACGUUUCACAGCAAACUGUGCCCAAGGAUCGGAUCACAGAUCCAGCGGAACAGCUCCGUUACCUCAAUACAACAAGGUCGAACAUUCGCCUUGAGAUCUUGGUUCAUGAAGGCACCUUCGGGAGGGUCUACAAGGGGGUCUUUAAACGAGGGGACACAUAUGAAGAAGUUUUAGUUAAGACUGUUUCAGAAGCAGCGUCCGCGAUGCAAGCAGCAUUACUAGUAGCCGAAGGACUGCGACUUUGUGGUUUAAUUCACGCAAAUGUUCUUGCACCAAUAGCUGCUUGCGCAGAAGAAGCUCGCAAACCUUUGCUUGUGUAUUGCUGUGUAUCACAUUCAUCUAAUCUCAAGAGGUUCCUAACAUCAUGCCGGCUGGGCCAUCAAGCGGCACCGGCCACUAGGGAAUUGGUAGAUUUAGGUGCACAAGUUGCUUGCGGCCUGGCGUAUUUACACGUACAACGUUUGGUGCAUGCGGAUAUUGCAGCCAGAAAUUGCAUAGUGGACGAGAAAUUAAGACUGAAGGUGGCAGAUAAUGGUUUGUCAAGAGAUCUGUUUCCUGAUGACUACCACUGUCUUGGUGACAAUGAGAACAGACCAGUCAAGUGGAUGGCUCCCGAAUCCUUGCUUCAGAAUCAGUACACGACCGCGUCAGAUGUAUGGUCGUUAGGAAUAACCUUGUGGGAGCUAGCAACACUAGGCGCAUCACCUUUAGCAGAAUUGGAUGCAGCGGAUGUUGGAGCCUUCCUGAAUGGAGGGUACAGGCCCUCGCAACCCCACAAUUGUCCUGAUGAACUGUAUGGACUAAUGUCGUGGUGUUGGACAACAUCUCCCUCAGCCCGGCCAACUGCUCCACAACUUUUGGCUGCUCUCCAUGAUUUUAGACAAACUCUGAGUACAUACAUUUAAUGCUCAGAACUUUCUAACGAUUCUCCUUUUAUUUUUAGCACGCUCACUGUUUUU